UUCAUGAAGCAAAGAUUCUUCAUCAGUUGUCAAGAAAGCCUUGGACUGAUCGAGCCGCUAUGGUACCGGUACCGUCAUAUGUAUGAAGGGCUGCAACUAAUAUAACUGUAAUAAUCACUAAUGGAGGGAGAUGAUAUCUGUUGUGUCGUUCUGCUUCAGGAUGGGAUACCAUCGACAUCCCUUCCAUCGCUGACACUUCCAAGAACGGCAACCAUUGCUCAGUGGAAAGAAGCCAUUCGGAAACAAGGCGCCGAUCUUGCCCUGGACAUUCCGGUCGAUUCUCAGAGACUGUUUCUCGAUCCACACGGUCAAAACGUAUACGCGGAAGAUGAUACAACUGCCAUCGAAUCAUUCACUGCUUUAUUGCGUCGACGAGUUUUCAAGGACCCCACGUCGGAACACGAGUUGUGGGCCUACCUCUUUUAUGAACAGGUUCCGGUUGUCGUGUACACACAGGCAACGACUUUGGAAAACAAUCGGAGGGAAUGGCAAUCUCACCAGUUUAGGAUGCAUCGAUGUGCCUUUGUGGAAGAGCUUCAUGAUAGGAUCGAAGAGAGGCUAUGCGUUCCUAAACACAAGCAAAUGCUGUACUGGAAGACAAGGCUUUUAAAACCAGAAAAGCGCGAAUACUCCUAUGUUCAAGACUCUGGAUACUUCUCGUUCAAAAAGACCACACUCAAGGACUACGUCAAGGAUCACGAAGAACGAGUCUUUUAUUUGAUGCCCUUUACCGCUACAAUCAACACCAUGACAGGCGCAAGGAUCCAAAUUGGGUAUCAGACUGUAUCAGAUAACCUCCAGGACCUGCGCAGGAGAUUGGCAGAGGAAGGCUUUGACAUUGACGAGAACGGAGCUCCUGUCAAGAUCCCUCUGGAGGAGCAACAACUCUUUCUUCGUGGGACCAGACUCGCCAACGACGACAACAUGCCCAUGGAGGAACUCCAACAGAAGAGUCAAUUGAGUGAAGGAGCACCACUGGUAUUACACCUGGUGCAAUCUCGCCAGACACAUGGCUUUGAAAUGUGCUUGGACUACAAAGAAAAGUUCUGUCGCAUACACAAGGCUGAAUACAGAGCAAUCACCCUCCAACAACUCCAUGCUCUCGCAUGCGAGGUGACCGUUCGUUGCUGCAGAGAAGCUUGGAAGAGCACGAACACUGGCAAACCACUCCAACCAGAAGAUGUCACCUUGUACGACCUUGUCCACUAUGUUGUGUAUCCUUCAACAACGAAACACAAGUGCAGCUAUGUUGAGCUUGUUGCCAGCGAGCCUCAGAAGCCACGGUGGCUUGCCUCUCAUUGGUGGGGAGGCACCUUUUUUCAUCUCGUCUCUUGCCUAACUCGUCAUGCGCUGGAUCGUGACAUGAAGAUUGAUGAUCCUACCGCAUGCUACUGGAUAUGCGCCUUUGCAAUGAAUCAACACAAUCUGGAGGAAGAACUGAACACUUCAGAGCCUCAAGAUCCCAAAAGCUAUCUCCAGAACAGCCCAUUUUAUCGAGCAAUCCAACUUGCAGAAGGGACUGUGUCGAUACUGGAUACGCAGGCAACUUGUUAUAGUCGGAUUUGGUGUGCAUUUGAAAUAUCGAUAGCCACGGACCGUGAGAACCAUCUAUAUGACAUUUACACGGUCACAGGUGGCCCAAACUCCAGAGGAGUUGGCCUUGCGGAUGCCACCGAGCAUCGUGAUUGGUGGUCCCUUCAGAAACAGCUCAGACGUCAACAAGACUUUCCGCUUGCAAUUUGCCAAUCUGGAUUGCAUGUAAGGCUAGAGUCAGCCGAAGCAUCAGUGGCCGAAGACAAAAGCCGAAUCUUGCAAUACCUAUGCAUGAGAGGGCAAUCAGGAGGUUCAAGUGUCUGGUCAACGAGCGCCUCUGAUCCUCCUUCCACACAUCCUGCUUUCGAUAUGGUGAAUGCUCGACUGCACUGCAAAUUUGCAAUCUCAACUUACCGGUAUGCACUUGACCAAGGCAUUGACCUGGAAUGUUACCGAUCAGCAUUAUCCAAUAACCGAGAGCUUCGCAGUCUGUCCAUGUCCUUUGCUGGCUGCCUACCUUUCAAGCAAGAGGCACUCCAUUUUGUUGCUUCGUUGCCUUCUCAGUUACUUCAAAAGUUGGAAUUGGACUACUCCGAGAUUGGCUUUGAGACUGCUGAUCAGUUUGCAUUGGGGUUGGGCGAUCUGUCUGCCCUGAAAACGUUCAUAUUGGUAAUUCGUUCCAAGAAAGGGAGCAAAUAUAAGUGCUCAAAAUGUCUGUUUCAAGAGUUGGCGAGAAUAUGCAGUUUGAUGGAGCUGGAUUUGGAUCUUGAAGGGUGCGACAAUCAACACACAAUUGACGACUUGGCAUUGCUUUCCAAUUUGAGCAGUCUUCGUCUGAGACUGACUCAUCCAUCCAAUCUCCAGUUAAUCUCUCGUAUGGCGUCGCUAGAGACUUUGCAUUUGCAGUUGGAAGCACUGGACACUCUCGAAACCAUUGACUCUUUGGGAAGGGCGAUGACGGGACUCAUCGAAAUGCACCUUCAACUGAAGUAUUGCAACAAUCUGAAUUCUCUUCAAGGCCUGGCGUCGUUAUCCACACUGAAGCUGAGGAGGCUUGACUUCAAGCUGGAUUUGUGUGGUAGCAAAAUCAAAACACUGCAUGGAUUGGAGCAACUCCCUAGCAAUCUGCAUCAUUUUGGCUUGUCCCUUAAAGACGAAUGGUAUUACAACAGACCUCUGGCCAUGGAUGAUCUGGCAUCAGCACUUGGCACCCAACCAGAUCUGCAGUCCUUGUAUUUAGACUUUCGAGAAUGCAACUUGCCAUGCCUGGAGCCUUUGGGCGAAUUGCUCUCCAGGCCAAGCAGCAAGGUAGCUGACUUGACAGUGUUGAUUCUGUCUUGUUCGGGGAAGGGCGCUUCCUUCAAACGAGUUCAAAGUUUUUGGCGGAGAGUAGCAAGGAAUUCAUCGAAUAUUCAACAACUGAAGCUGUGGUUUCUGGAUAACCUGGGGACCUCGUUUUCAGCCCAAACUGUGGAAACCCUCCGCAAUCAGCUGCGAAAAUGGGCAAGUCAGGAAGUAAAAGAAGCAUUGAGCAAGAAGAUCCCUUUGGUGUCAUGGGACAGAAUUAUUCGCUAA